CUGGUUUGUUCUAUUAACAGUAAAAUACCCUAAAACAUGAAAAAACCUUCCCAGUCGAACCGUCAAACUUUAUACGAUGCUGCCAAUGAGCAUAUAUUUGCCUGCUGACAACACAGAUGCAUCGGUUGACCACCAUCGGCCUUCGGAAGCUCACGCAUGGAGCUGCGUUGUCGCGAGGGCUACCUCCAACCCGCAUGCGACAGUACACCACACCUCACAAUCCGUUUGUGCUCAAAGCGAACGAACUUGUGCCAGGGAUCCAAGCAUCCGAGUUUCAGCAACGUCGUGAGCAGGCGGUGAAGUUGUUGCCGGCGAAUUCGAUUCUCAUUGUACGUGCUGCUGUUGCUGUUUGUUCUACCCUGUGUUGACAUCAGCGUGCACACACUAGCUGAAUGCCGCAGAGGAGAAGUACUCGUCUCACGACAUUCCGUACGACUUCCGACAAGACUCGCACUUCUUGUACCUCACGGGGCUCGACGAGCCGGAGGCCGUGGCCGUGCUCAAGAAGAACGCCGACGCCACGUCCGAGUACAUUCUGUUCGUUCGUCCUCGCGAUGCCCAUAGGUAGGAUUAACUUCCAUGGGUCCUUUCCUCAUGUUGCGUGCAGCGAGCAGUGGGACGGCCCGCGGACCGACAUCCACACGGCCAAGUCUCAAUUUCUCGCCGACGCCGCGUACACCCUGGACGAGUUCGAGUCCAAGCUGCUGUCGAUGAUCGCGCCCGACACGCAUCUGUGCCUUACCGCCCCCGUGCAAGGCAAAUACCCGCCGCGGUUCCUGCAAGCCACUCGGAGCAUCGCCCAAACCCACCAGUUCCAGAUGGCGGACGCGCACUUGGACUCGCUGCGGGUGAUCAAGUCGCCGGCCGAAGUGGUCAAGAUCCGGGAGGCGACGGCGAUUGGGUCGGACGCCUUUCGAUCCGUGAUGGCGUCGUGUGCGCCGGGGCAGUUGGAGUUGGCACUGGCUGGCCACUUCGAAGCCAAAUGCAGAGCCAGGGGUGCGCCACGUAAUUCGUUUCCGUGUGUGGUGGGGGCCGGUGCCAACGGAUCUGUGAUCCACUACCUGUCGAAGCGCAGCAUGUUGCAGAAGGAGGAGCUUGUGCUCAUGGACUCUGGCUGUGAAAUCACGGGCAACUACGUCAGCGACAUCACGCGCACGUGGCCCAUCGACGGACAGUUCACCGGGCCCCAGAAAGCCUUGUACACGCUGGUGUUGGACGUCCAGUUGCGUUGUUUGGAGCGCCUGCACGUGGCGAUGGAAUGCAAGACGUCGCUGUCGCUGGACGAGCUGCACCAUUACUCCGUGGGGCUGCUGGGCCAGGGCAUGAAGGACGUCGGGAUCAUCCCCGCGACCGUCGGCCUCAACACGCCCGAGUUCAGCCGCCUCUUCCGAAUGUACAACCCCACGCACUUGAGCCACUACCUCGGCAUGGACGUCCACGACACCCCUCGGUUCCCUCGAUCGUCGCCCCUGCGGCCAGGCAUGGUCGUGACCGUGGAACCUGGCAUCUACCUGCCCAAGAACGACAUGACCGUGCCAGUCGAGUUCCGAGGCAUCGGCAUCCGCAUCGAAGACGAUGUGCUGGUAUGGACGGACUACUGUAGAGUGGUAUAUAUAUACCUGAUGGAUGCGAUUGUGUAGAUCACGGACACAGGCAUUGAAAUCUUGACCAGCCGCGUCCCCAAGUCCAUCGAAGACUUGGAGGCGUUCAUCGGGUCCAGUGCCGCCUGAUAAGACCAACCUCUGCAAUCGGAUCAAGGAGCUAGCUUCUACGUAAAGUAUCAUCCAAUACUAAAUACCUACUACUUACAA